AUGGACACAGUGCAGCAUAAAAUGAUAAUUUACGUGAUAUUCUUUUGUUUGGUGAUGGGCGCGGCGCUUACGGAAGCGCCAGACGCUGCAGACGGUUGUUUUCGAGUGGCCAGUGAGAACAGUGUGGAGUGCAAUGUACGGACACUGUCGUCGGACCGGGAUGUGGUCGGUUCGAUGCACUCCGACGGCGCGGAGAGGCUCGCUAUCCGAUGCGGCUCGCAUCUUCUCGAGAGCACGCUGAAAGAUCAUUACUUCGGAAAAAUGCACGGCUUGACGGAGAUCACAAUAAGUGACUGCAAAAUUCUACGGCUUCCAGGUAACACCUUCGAGGGUCUGCGAGGACUCAAGACUUUAAAGUUGCGCUCCAUGAACAACCAAUGGGGGCAUAAUAAGGAGUUAGAACUCUCUUUAGGAGCAUUUAAUGGUCUGCGAGAGCUUCACACAUUGGACUUGGCGUACAACAACAUAAGAAAAAUCCCGUCGGACCUGUUUUGUGCACUGGAAAAUAUAAUUUCACUUAACUUAACUCACAACAAAAUCAAGUUUGUCGAUGAAUUAGGCUUCGGUCACAAGUGUGGGUCCACUUUGCAGACUAUUGAUUUGAGUUAUAAUGAUAUCAUGUCUUUACCAGCUGACUCAGAAAUAUUACAUUUGCGGAGAUUAACGCAACUAUUUCUACAAAAUAAUAAAAUAAGCGAGCUACCGGGCGAAGUUUUCGGUGACUUGUUAUCUUUAAAAGUUGUAAAUCUUUCCGAAAACGCUAUAAAUUAUUUACCCGAAGGUUUAUUUCAAAAUACAAGGGAAAUUCGUGAAAUAUAUUUGAGUUAUAAUGAUUUAGAAAUAUUACCGAAGAAAUUAUUUAAUAGGUUGGAACAAUUAGUCGUGUUAGAUCUUUCGGCGAAUAAAUUGAAAGGCGAUCAUAUAGAAGAUGAAACGUUUGGUGGUCUAAUAAGAUUAAUAGUGCUUGACCUGUCACACAAUGCCCUCGCUGGGGUUGCACGUAAUAUGUUCAAAGAUUUAUUCUUUUUACAAAUUCUCAAUUUAAGUAACAAUUCUAUCGGUUUUAUUGAAGAUAACGCGUUUUCACCGUUAUUUAAUUUACAUACGUUAAAUUUAGAACUUAAUAAACUAAGGACUAUUGAAGAUCAUGUGUUUAAUGGUCUUUUUAUUUUAAACAAAUUAAAUUUAAAUAAUAAUAUUUUGUCAUAUAUUGCUGAAAAUGCUUUUAAAAAUUGUUCAGACUUGAAGGAGCUAGACUUAAGUUCUAAUAAAUUGACGAAAGUUCCCGAGGCGAUUUUGCAAUUACCGUUCUUGAAGUCGUUGGACUUGGGAGAGAAUUUAUUAACAGAAAUUUCAAACAAUUCGUUUCAAAAUUUAUCGCAGUUGACCGGGUUACGUUUAAUCGACAAUCAGAUUGGAAACCUUUCAGCGGGAAUGUUUUGGGGCUUGCCUAGUCUACAAGUACUCAAUUUAGCAAAAAAUAAAAUACAGUCCAUCGAGACCGAAACCUUUCAAAAGAACGUGCAAUUGGAAGCCGUUCGAUUGGACGGCAACUUCAUUUCUGAUAUAAACGGAGUAUUUGUGUCAUUGACGAAGUUGUUAUGGCUAAAUCUGUCUGAGAAUCAUCUCGUGUGGUUCGAUUACGCAUUUAUACCGGCAAGUUUGAAGUGGCUCGAUAUCCACGCCAAUUUUAUUGAAGUGCUUGGAAAUUAUUACAAAAUUCAAAGUGAUUUGCACGUUAAAACAUUAGAUGCAAGCCAUAACCGCAUCGUCACGUUAUCCGCUAUAUCUAUACCGAAUAGUGUAGAGUUACUUUUUAUAAACAAUAAUUUUAUAUCGUCCAUUCAAAAAGAUACGUUUCUUGAAAAGUCUAAUUUAACUCGAGUCGAUAUGUAUGCCAAUGAAAUCGAAAGCUUGGAUAUAAAUAGCUUGCGUAUCUCAAGAGUUGACGAUCGCGCAUUACCAGAAUUUUAUAUAAGCGGUAAUCCUUUUCGAUGUGACUGUACCAUGAAAUGGCUUUUACUUAUAAAUUCUAUGCCCGCUAGAGAAUAUCCACGAGUCAUGGAUUUGGAAAAUGUGAUUUGUAAAGAAUCAUACGUUCGUGGUGUUAAAUUUCUCUCUGUUAGUUCUUUACAUACGAAAGAUUUCCUCUGUAAAUAUGAAAGUUAUUGUCCCGAAGAUUGUCAUUGUUGCGACUUCAGUUUCUGUAAUUGCAAAACAGUAUGUCCCGAUAACUGUUCGUGUUAUCAUGAUUCAACGAAGACGACGAAUGUGGUAGAUUGCUCUGUAAAACAAUUAAAUUUGGUGCCUCGGGACUUUCCUUCAGGUGCAACACAUAUUUAUUUAGAUGGCAAUAAUUAUAAUGAACUUAACGAAACUGUUUUUUAUUCAAUGCGUAAGGCUAUGGUUUUAUAUUUAAAUUCUACAGGCAUUUCAAAUAUACAAAAUGACACAUUUCGUGGUCUCAGUGAUUUAAGAAUUUUGCAUUUAGAUGACAACAAAAUAAAACGUUUGCAAGGUCUCGAAUUUUCCAAGUUGAAUAACUUGAAAGAAUUGUAUCUUCAAAAUAAUGGCAUUGAGUAUAUUUCAAAUGUCAGUUUUGCCUUUUUGAGCUCUCUCGAAGUUUUACGCUUGGAUGGAAACAGACUCGUAAACUACGGCUUGUGGCAUUUGGACAAUAACAAAAAGUUACAAAGUUUGUUUAUAGGUAAUAACUACUGGUCUUGCAAUUGCAAAUAUUUGCAAGCAUUUUUAUUGUACAUAUCGCAAAAUGUUGAAAAAGUUAUAGAUAUUCACAAUUUAUGGUGCUUAAAUGAAAACAUGAGCCCAAAUAAAAAGCAAUUGAAUUUAAAUGUGACAGUUUGUAGUGAAAUAAGCGAUACGUCAGUGAUAAGCGCCUUUUUCGUCUCCCACAAUAUACCAUUAUUAGCCUCAGCUCUCACUGGGUUCAUGCUUAUUUUAUUAAUAUUAGCUUUAGUAUUCACAUUUAGAUACGCUUGCAGAAUGUGGUUGUACUCAAAUUGCGGCAUUAAGCUUUCUCCCUUAGCGAGCGCCUUUAACGACGCAGAUAAGCUUUAUGACGCCUACAUUUGUUAUAGCCCCAAAGACGAAGAGUUCGUUAUAGAAUCCUUGGCGCGGGAGCUCGAAAAUGGUUACCCGUCCUAUCAUCUGUGCUUGCAUUACAGAGAUGUGCCGCAGUUUGAAGCUACAUACGCUCAGUUUCCCGAUUUAGUCGUCGAAGCGACGGAAGCGUCGAGGCGUAUUAUUGUGGUAUUAUCGAAAAACUUUAUAUUAACAGAAUGGUCACAAAUAGAGUUUAGGCAGGCUCUCCAGAGAGCACUGCGCAAGAACCCUCACAAAUUAAUAUUAGUCACCGUAGGGCAAGUAGCACGCGAUCCCGAAUUAAAAUCGUAUUUCAAAACUGGUUUAGAGAUAACGUGGAAAGAGAAACGUUUUUGGGAACGAUUACGAUACGCGAUGCCAUCCUCUAAGCGACGCGGUCAUAAGUUGAAAAGACUCAAUUAUGGGAGGAAUUCUAACACGUACACAAUGGAUGCCUCCGUAUUGAACAGUACCUGCCAGACGCUUUGCGGUAAGUCCGCUAACUCCGCGGAACGCUCGCCCUGCGAUAGGCCGUUGUCCGAGCACAUAUACUCUACCAUAGAUUCGGACUACUCGUCGAACGAUUUCCAAGGCCGCCAUCAUCAACCGCAGUCUGUGGUUUUGCAGCACACGGUUCAAACGUACCUGGUG